AUGGCUUCAACACAAACGAUCAAAGCCGUCCGCUUCCAUGGCCAAAAAGACGUCAGGCUGGAGGAGAUCCCGUACCCCUCUCUAGAAGCCAAGUCCGUUCGCAUUGUUCCCAAGUUCUGUGGCAUCUGCGGUACAGAUGUCCAUGAAUACCUCGGUGGCAACAAUCUGAUUCCCAAGCCCGGCACCCCGCACCCCAUCACAGGCGAGACAUCACCGUUGACUCUCGGUCAUGAGUUCAGUGGGAUCAUUGAAAAAGUUGGCAGUGAAGUUACUCGCCUGAAGAAGGGUGACCGCGUCUGUGUUCAGCCAAUCAUUUAUGAUAAUGAGUGCGGCUCUUGUAAGCGUGGUCUGGUCAAUUGCUGCGACAAGAACGGCUUCAUUGGUUUGAGCGGAUGGGGUGGUGGUCUCUGCGAAACAACCGUCGUUCCUCAAGACUGUGUCAAGAAACUACCAGACAACGUUUCUCUCGAGGUCGGUGCCCUUGUCGAACCUCUCUCUGUUGGAUGGCACGCGAUCAAGCUAUCUCCCUACAAAGAAGGCGACACUGCUUUCGUCGUUGGCGGUGGUCCCAUUGGCCUGGCUGUUGUCCAGGCGCUUAUCGGCAGGGGAUGCAAAACCAUCAUCUUGAGUGAGGUUAGUGCAAGGCGACGCGAGUUUGCGAAGAAAUUCGGUGCUCAUCAUGUUUUUGAUCCGACAAAAGACGAUGUCGUUGCUCAUGUCAAGAAAUUAACUGGUGGGCUUGGAGCUGAUGUGGGUUUUGAUGCUGCUGGCUCUCAACAUGCGGUCGACGCAGCUUUCGAUUGCUUGAAGGCAAGAGGUGUACUUGUCAACAUUGCUGUUUGGGAGAACAGGGCACAACUGAGCAUGAAUCAAAUUGUGUUCAGGGAGCGAUCCUACAUUGGAUGCGCUACAUACAGUCUGGGAGACUUCGAAGAGGUUAUCGACGCCAUAUCGAAAGGCGAUAUUCAACCUGAGGGUAUGAUCACGAAGGUCAUCAAGAUGAACGAGGUUGUUGAGGAGGGGUUUAACACGCUCAUCCACGACAAAGACAACCACGUCAAGAUCUUGGUCGAUGUUAGUGCAGGGGUGCAGUAG